ACGUUGGUAAAUUCUCGGUCGUUUCAAACUGUCCACAUAGAAACAAGUGCUCAAGAAAAUGUGAAGCCCCUGGCGAUGCAUACACACGCUGCAGCUGAGAGGACUUGGAAUGUCGGUCUGUAGCAGAUAGAGGGAUGCACGCCUCUCUCAGUAGAUUAUCCUCACGCAUAUCGGUUCAGGUUACCAAUCACAAUGAUGCAAAGGAGACGAAACACAAUGGAGAACCCUUUAUUCUAUUCAUCUCACAGCCAACAUCACGGAUGGAUUCAAGUCUCAGAUAUGAGGGGUCCUCCAGGCCACUGGAUGUCAUGUGGUCACCCGUGUGCUGAACAUGCUGUGUGGAACCCCAAAUUCUGUGUGGUCACUGACUAUCAAAUGCUGCUGCUGGACAGAGAGGAGAUACACCCUCUGCUCCUACAGAAGAAGAGGGCUGACACCUGCAAAUCCAGACUGCUGCGUCGCACCAUCAGUGUUCCUGUGGAGACGCACUUCCCGGAAUUACAAUGUCAUCUCUCAGUGGACAAUGACUCUCCACCUGAGAAAACAGGGCGGAGACGUAGCAUGCCAGGCUCUGCCCCUGACAAACCCCUGCCCACAAUGGAGCCCACUGCUGCUGCUGCUACACCCUUCAGGGUCACAGGGUUUUUGAGUCGCAGGUUAAAGGGCUCAAUAAAGCGGACUAAGAGUCAGCCUAAACUGGACAGGAACAGCAGUUUCAGACACAUCCUGCCAGGCUUCAGACCAGUGGACAACGACAGGUCUCAUCUGAAUCCCAGGCUGAAGGAGUCGCGCUCUCACGAGUCUUUGCUCAGUCCCAGCAGUGCAGUAGAAGCUCUGGACCUCAGCAUGGAGGAGGAGGUCCUUAUUAAACCAGUGCACAGCUCCAUCCUCGGACAAGAUUACUGCUUUGAGGUGAGCACCUCCACAGGUAGUAAGUGCUUUUCUUGUCGUUCGGCCGCAGAGAGAGACAAAUGGAUGGAGAACCUGCGACGGGCCAUCCACCCUAAUAAGGACAACAGUCGGCGGGUGGAGAAUACGCUUCAGCUGUGGAUCAUCGAAGCUAAGGACCUUCCGGCCAAGAAAAAGUACUUCUGUGAGCUCUGCCUGGACGACAGCCUCUAUGCCCGCACCACCUGCAAGCUGAAGACAGAUAACAUCUUCUGGGGUGAACACUUUGAGUUCAAUAACCUCCCUACAGUCCAGAACAUCACCAUCCAUCUCUAUAGGGACUCAGACAAGAAGAAGAAAAAGGACAAGAACAACUACGUGGGGUUAGUGAGCAUUCCAGUGGUGAAUGUCACGAGCAGGCAGCUGGUUGAGAAAUGGUACCCAGUUAGCCAACCCAAUCCAGGUAAAGGGAAAACAGCGGGUCCCAUGGUCCGCAUCAAGACCCGGUACCAGAGCAUGAACAUCCUGCCCAUGGAGCUCUACAAAGAGUUUGCCGAGUACACCACCAACAACUACAUGCUGCUCUGCUCUGUGCUGGAGCCGGUCAUCAGCGUCAAGAACAAAGAGGAGAUGGCCUGCGCUCUGGUGCACAUCUUACAGAGCACCGGGAAAGCCAAGGACUUCCUGACAGAUCUGAUGAUGUCGGAGGUGGAUCGGUGCGGGGAGAACGAGCACCUGAUCUUCAGAGAGAACACGCUGGGCACUAAAGCUAUUGAAGAGUACCUCAAACUGGUCGGACAGAAAUACCUGCAAGACGCACUGGGUGAGUUCAUAAAGGCUCUGUAUGAGUCUGAUGAGAACUGUGAGGUGGACCCAUCCAAAUGUUCAUCUAGCGAUCUAGCUGAACAUCAGAGCAACCUCAGGAUGUGCUGUGAGCUAGCCUUCUGCAAGAUCAUUGAGUCUUACCGUGUGUUUCCACGGGAACUUAAGGAGGUGUUUGCGUCGUGGAGACAGGAAUGUGGUAACCGAGGGCGACCAGAUAUCAGCGAGCGUCUUAUCAGCGCCUCAUUAUUUUUGCGUUUUCUGUGCCCGGCCAUCAUGUCGCCUUCUCUCUUCAACUUGACGCAGGAGUACCCAGACGACCGCACUGCACGCACACUCACUCUUAUCGCCAAGGUUACGCAGAACCUCGCAAACUUUACCAAGUUUGGUAAUAAGGAGGAGUACAUGUCCUUCAUGAAUCAGUUCUUGGAGCAGGAGUGGACCAACAUGCAGCGCUUCCUGCUGGAGAUCUCCAACCCAGAGACCAUCUCAAAUACUGCAGGCUUCGAGGGCUACAUUGACCUGGGCCGUGAGCUCUCCACCUUGCACUCCCUUCUAGCUGAGGUGGUGUCCCAACUGGACCAGAGUGCUACCUCCAAGCUCGGCCCGUUACCUAGAAUACUGAGGGAUGUACAUGGAGCAUUAACAAACCCAUUAAAUGUACAGAUGAGCAUUCCUCCUGAUCGUGUUCCCUCCCCUCCAACCCCUGGAUGCAGCAUCUCCAGUGGAUUACAAAAGAUGGCCAUCGACAGCGACUUACCAGGCCCGAUGGACUUCACUCGCCUUCCUUCCCCCACCCCUGAAAACAAAGACCUCUUCUUCGUCACACGCUCUUCUGGCCUCCAGGGCUCCCCUGCCCGCAGCUCUAGCUACUCCGAGACCAAUGAACCCGAGCUGGGCCUGGCCAAUGGUGGCAAGAGCCUGUCCAUGGUAGACCUGCAGGAAGCGGCCAGGGCGUUAGAACCCGUCGCCAUCCCGGCAGGGAUCACUUCAGAAGGUUUGGGUGAGGGUGCCAUGGUUCCCUGGAAUGCACGGACUCCCCAAGGCAACGUUGCCGGAGGCCCUACUCUUCACAGGCCAGGUCAGACUCCCACUACCCCAGGAACAGAAGGGGCCCCAGGCAGGCCUACACAGCUCUUGGCCCCGCUAUCCUUUCAGAAUCCAGUGUACCAGAUGGCAGCAGGUUUGCCCGUGUCAGCUAGAGGGAAUGCGAGUGUGGAUUCUGGGUCGGAGUGUCACAGCUCCGUCAGUUCCCAUAGCAAUAACGAGGAGGGUCUUGGAGGAACCAAACACACGUUCCUUACCCAGGGAGCUUUGGUGGGGGAGGAGUUUGCAAGGCGUUCAGGAGAUUUCUCGAGACGACAGCUAUCACUAACUGAUGCGCAUCAUGGAAACCAACCUACGGUUCCACGACAGAUCAGCGCUGGUCCUCAGCGGCGGAUUGACCAGCCGCCACCACCCACACAGACUGCACCCAGAGGACGAACUCCACCCAACCUAUUGAACUCCAGCCCCUACCCACGGCCUCCUAAUAACACUGUGAUGUCAUCAUCAGCUGACUGGCCUGGAAGUGGCGCACGGCUUCGACAGCAGAGCUCCUCCUCUAAAGGGGACAGUCCGGAAAUGAAGCAUCGCGCACCACAUAAACAGGCCCCAUCCCCAGUGAACCCCAGUGCAUUGGACCGUACCGCUGCCUGGUUGAUUAAUGUGCCAUAUAUAGAGCAGGAGUCUGAGGCGGAGCUUUGCAGAGAUGAGCACACACAAGCUGAAAAGUAUCAGGCGGAGAUCAGUAUGCUGCAGGAGCGUCUGCGUGUGUCAGUGCAGAGGCUGGAGGAAUACGAGGUCCGGAUCAAGGGACAGGAGGAACAGGCGCAGAAGAUGUUGCUGGAGUAUCAGGCCCGGCUGGACGAGUCUGAGGAGAGAUUGAGACGGCAACAGGAAGACAAAGAUCUGCAGAUGAAGGGCAUCAUAAGCAGGUUGAUGUCUGUGGAGGAAGAGCUGAAGAAGGAUCAUGCUGAUAUGCAGGCAGUGAUUGACUCCAAACAGAAGAUCAUUGAUGCGCAGGAGAAACGGAUAGCAUCUCUGGACGCGGCUAACGCGAGGCUAAUGAGUGCCCUGUCACAGCUGAAGGAGCGCUACAGCAUGCAGACGCGCAACGGCAUCUCUCCCACCAACCCCACCAAGCUGCAGAUCACAGAGAACGGGGAGUUUCGCAACAGCUCCAACUGCUGAACGACAGAUCCACAGAGAGACGCAGUGAAAGAGAGAGGACGUGAGCAAGUGUGCAGAUAUUCUAUAAGUGAACACUGAGAGAAAUACUGCAGGUGAGGAUACUCAACACUGACCUUUGACGGUCCGCAGAGCGUUUGUUUGGAAAUGUGGAGCGAGAUCCACUUUAAACAUCCACUGGUGAGACUACUGUUCAAGUACUUCAUGUUAGGAAACGCCACUAGACAUUCAUUUGUGUUUCUCAACAACUAACUGUAAAAGAAAAGAAAAAAAAAACAAAAAACAAUAAUACAGCUAACAUGGUGACAUUAUACAGAUACUAGGACCUUCUAGCCUGCAAAAAAAGUCAUUUCACUUGAUUUAAAAUAGGUGUUCUCCAUACAGCCUUUGGAAGGAAAAAAAAAAGAAGAAACUAGAUUUUGUCACAUUCAUUUAUAAUGGUCUCUACUUUAAUAUGAAACUACAGAAUGAGCAACUCUUUGUGGAGAAAUUAGCAUUCUCUUCCUGUUUCUGUUUCUCCCUACAUAGUGCACUUUGUCUCUCCAUCACGAGAAGCCUUAAAAUGUUGCAUCUGAAAUAUCCCUCAGUCCUUGUUUUUAUUUGAUUUUUACAGUUCAGAUGAACAUCUGUGAUAGAUUAUAAUCUGCGUAGAUUUGAAAAAAGUAUAUUUUUCAUUCUCCUUCCACAAGUUUUCUGUUUAUUUUCUUUGUUUUUUCUGUUGUUUUAGUUUUUUUUUGUUUCGGACCGAAAUGUUCUAGUCUGUAACAAACACAUUCUAAAUGUCAUUUGGGGUCCAUUUUAGAUAUGCCAAGAUUUUGAAUUAGCACAGAGUGAAUGUUUUAAACACUAGACCAGAUUGACAUGAUUUUAGUUGGAAGUUUUGAAAACUGCCUUGUGUAGCUCAUGUUUUCUUCCUAUAUUGUUUGGGAGUUUUGCAUUUAUUUGUUUAUUUUUUGCUUGUUCUCUUCAUGGGUUUUUCUUCAGACUCAUUUUUUAAGCCUUUUUAAGUCAUUUGUACAAGUGUGUUUAUUUUUGUAUAUGUUGGUCCAAAUUGCUGCACACUUUACAUUUCAGCAUUUAGAGUUUGUAUAUUUUUGUAUUUAAUAGCAUAUGUGAAGACUCUUCUGCAUUUAUCAUUAUCGGCACUGAGGUGCAGCGUGGAGCUGCUGUUUUCCUUUAAUUCGCUGGUCUUUGAGGAAGUGAGACACAUGACAUGUCUUUAUUUUGAUGCAGAGAUACAGAUACAUUAUAAGACUGCCUGUCAUUGGACGUGUAAGAUAGAGGUGUUAUUUUUAAGGGGAAACCUCUCUGUAUAUGGGCUCUGUGAUGGAGUAUUAUGUGAAUAAGUUAGUUAUAUAUAAAGCAAGUUUCACAGGAACAGCCGAGUGAAUUGUGGGAUCAGAUUGAGACGCAGCGAUCUUAACAAGCACAAAGCACAUCUCUCGCCCCAGCUUCUCAAAGGCUUUGAAGACUGCACUUUUUCCCUUUGUCGUGUCCACUUGGGUUUACUUCACUCUACAAACACGUAGCAAACUCGAGGUGCUCAUUAUUAUUAUUAAGCCAGGGAAGCUUUAAUUUGUCAUUCAGUUUCAUUUGUAGCAUUAUCGUUUGUGCCACUGUAGCCACACGCUAUAAACCCUUCCACACAAAGGUGCACAUGCAGUGUAAAUGUCAUGAGAUUAACAAUUGGACUGUGUUACAUAUCUCAGCCAAUCACAUGCUCUUUUGAUGCCCUGGUAAAGUAGUUUUGCAUGUACUAAAUGCUUCAGCACUGUCUGUAUAAGGCAGAUUAGUAUCUAGAGUCAUUUAAAAUUCAUUUGAUCAACUUUUAAACUUGGCUUGGGGCUCGUGUGGUUGCACAAAAGGGAAUCAAUAAUUAUUUUUCACAAGUUUUCUCUUACAGACGUGGAUGUCAGCUUCUCUGUUUGUUCAUGUUCUGUUUUUAAUGAGGUCUGAGAGGUUUUGCGGAGUCAUUACGUCUAUUUUCAUCCACAUGAGAAGCUACCAGUGAGUCAAAAAAAUGAAAUAGUAGUUUAGAGCUUUAUUGAAUGAAAAAGACUUUUGCUGUCGUCUCGGUUCUUUUCAUCAGAUGUGUCUUUAUCUGGCUUCAUUUCAGUUCUCAGAGUUUAGGAAACUUUUGCAAGUAAAACUAUUUGUGCAUCGUUUAGUUUUGUUUUGUUUUUUCUUUCUUCUCCAAGCAGUCAAUGUGAAAUAGUAGCUAAAUGUAUGUGAAAUAAAUGAUAUAAAGAUAUACAAAUCUACAAAUGAGUACCUAAAAUAUGUUGUAUGUUUUAUAAUCCUUGUAGAAAAUAUUUUUUGUAAGUAUGUUUAAAGUAAAGUAUUGGCUGGACUCUUGCCUUGUUUUAGGACAAUGACAAGAACAAUAAUGUACAGAGAAAUUUGUCCAUGUUAAGAACUAUACAAUUGUGGCUGUGCAAUUUAUGUACAUUUGCAACUAGAAUAAUUAAAGUUUUAUUUAGUUAUUUCA